AUGGAAGAAGUCAAUAAAGAGACGCGAAAGGUUGUAUUCGUUAACACAAAUGAAGACAACUACGUAUUACAGGUAUUGUCAAGAUAUAGUUCAUACACUAAGAUGCUACGAGUAAUAGCGCAGGUACAGCGUUUUUAUCAUGUAACCAAGAAUAAAUUGAAGAACGGAGAAUGUACCCUCCAACCUAUUCAGCUACAAAAGGCAUUGCACUGUAUUAUUUGGGUCAUCCAACAGCAAUUCUUCGAAAUUGAUAUACAACGCCUACAACGAGGGAACCCAGCCGAAGGUACAUUAAAGCAUCUAAAUCCCUUCCUGGACAAUGUAUUCGGUUAUCAAUUACUAAAGGUGGGAGGUCGCCUCGAGCUGAGUGACAUCUCAGUAGGCCAACGUCACCCUAUUUUGUUGCCGAAGGGCUGUUAUUUUGUGGAACUUUAUGUUCGGCAUAUACACUUGUGCAACUAUCAUGCAGGCGCAAAAGCACUAAUUGCCCUUACUCGACUAAACUUCUGGAUAAUUAAUAUUCGAGAAAUUGCACGCCGAGUCGUGCACUCGUGUAUUCACUGCGUGCGUUAUAAACCCAAACUACUUAAUCAAAUGAUGGGUAAUCUCCCAAUCGAACGCCUCACUCCAAGCCGUCCAUUCGCGCGUACUGCGGUAGAUUUUUGCGGUCCGAUAUUAACGUAUCUCCGAAUUCGGGGACGGGUUCCAUAUAAGACCUAUAUAGCCGUGUUCGUUUGUUUGUCUACAAAGGCAGCUCAUCUAGAAGCCGUGUCAGACUUAUCUACGGAGGCAUUUAUUGCAGCACUGAAAAGGUUAAUCGGUAGACGAGGGUUACCAUCAGACAUCUAUUGCGACAACGCCACGAACUUCGUUGGGGCUAACAACAAACUAGCAGAGUUAAAAAGAAUGUUUUUCGAGAAGUCUAAUCAAGUGAUGCUGCAGACCUUUUGCAGCAACCAAUUCAUAAAUUUCAAUUUUAUACCGCCCCGAGCACCUCACUUUGGAGGUCUAUGGGAAGCGGCUGUAAAAAGCGCGAAAGGCCAUCUGUAUCGAACAUUAUCAAAUACUCGAUUCACCUUUGAGGAGCUUGGAACAGCACUGAUUGAAAUCGAAGCUAUCUUAAAUUCGCGACCAAUCACACCUCAUUCUUGUGACCCGAGCGAUUAUGAAGCGCUAACGCCAGCACAUUUUCUUAUCGGUGGGCCGCUCAAAACUUUAUCUGAACCAAGUCCUCAGUAUGAAGCUGCUUCAUUAAUUGAUAAAUGGUCUCGUAUAACCGCAGUCAAACAUCACUUCUGGCGCAGAUGGUCUAGAGACUAUCUGAAUGAGCUGCAGAUACGCACCAAAUGGACAGAAGAACAAUCUAACAUCACCGAGGGGGCUCUGGUUUUAAUCCAUGAAGACAAUAUGCCUCCACAACGCUGGUUGAUGGGCCGAAUCGUGCAUUGCAUCAGGGGUCCAGAUAAUUUGGUUCGUGUUGUUGAUGUGCAAACCCCAAAAGGAGUAAUACGGCGUCCAAUCCACAAACUCGCACUAUUACCAAUUGAAAAUCCUUUCAAGGGGGGCGGGAUAUAUUUCUAA